CCCAACCAAGUUCCCCUUAUAACAUAACCACUUCAAUACCGAACCGACUACUAACUGGGUCAAAACAGACAGAACAAGGUCACCCAGCGAAAGCAUAGCUGAUCAGUGCGUGUAAACAUGAAGCAUACCGUGUCAUGAUGCCCACCCACUCUCACUCUUCCAGACAAGCAUUUCUCCCUUUUGAUGUUCUUCUUGAUACUGCGGAGUUCAAGUAAGUGGAAGUGGCGUAGAAUAACAAAACUAAAAAAAAAACGAGUUCCUCUGAUAGCUUACACCUACCUAUCAGCCUAAAGAUGGCUUUGAUGGAGUGUGCUCUAUUUUGCUGGGACCCCCGAAAUAUGCUGCCCCAACCCACACCUUAUGGGUCCAAUUAGAUAGACAGGCAUAGACAUACCGUUAUUGGGAUGUCGAUGGUUCCAGUUCCCGUUGAAAGUCGCGAUGGAAAAUUAUUAUCACCAGCUGAUCCGCGCACACCUAGACCUCACACAUCGCUAGGUAUGCAUCGGUUCCCGAAAUAUAAAAUAAAACUCGGUCAGAGACCCGCCUUCAGAACGGUUUCGAUCGCUGGAGACUGAGGCCGUCCACAUAAGUGACCUGUUCGAACAAUAACCAUACUUCGGUUGUCGUCACCAUGGGAUUGAAGCGUGCUGGACCGGUUCUGUUGUUUGCGGUGCUAAUUAGUAGUUUUCAGUUGGCGAUUUGUGAAAGUGAAGUUGCAGAAUCGGGCGAAGCAGAACCCGUGACGAUAGAGCUUUGUACGGAUAACUUGCCCGAAGCGAAAGAAAUUCCUCUAACUACGACCGAGCAGGCUAUCACCACGUUUGCCUCAGUCUCACUCGGUGACACGAUAGAAUAUGAUGGGGCCGAUGUUAACCGUUUCUUCGACGUCGUGAAGAAACAGAUGAAAUGCGGCUAUCCCAAGUUUGGAGUGCCUUCGAUGGUCCCACUCAAGCUGAGCUACAAAUUGAAGACUUCUUUGGAUUUCCUUAACCUUAAAAAGGUCUAUAUCAGUGCCUCGAACUUUGUGAUCUACGGUUUGAAUGACUUCAGUUGGAAGGCUUCGAACACCUCGUUUAGUCGCACCAAAACCAAUCUGAUGUUGAACUUCCCAAAUGUGACAAUCGUCGCGGACACCUCGCUAAACCGCGCCAACGGAACAUCGCGUCUUUCACUGUAUGACACUCUCGUCUUCCUCGAAGCAAAGUACGAAGAGAAGGACGAUCUGCUCUAUGUCACCGAACUGGAUGGCGACCUGGCCCUGCGAGCUGCAACUGUUAAAAUUGCUCACCUGUUUCCGAAAAGUGCCAAGCUGACCAAAAUCUGGAACAAGGCAAUCGGCGAUUCCCUACCAGUGGUGGCCAAACUCAUUACCACACGUAAGAUAAGCGUGGACUUUGUCAACCGGAUCAUGAAUGGGUCCAAGUACUACGCGAUGAACACCAUCAAUACCGGACUGAUGACGUACCGGAUGAACUUUGAUCGGACGGUGGCCAGCAUGCGGCGGUUCUCGGAGAUGACGGACGAUUCGCUGAUGUGCGAUGAAUCGGAGCACGUGGGGAAAUCCCGAGUGCUGUAGAUGAUGGAUGGCCAGUGAGACGCUAACUCAGUAGGAUUAAGUGUUAUUUAUCUUUUGAAUGAUGCGAUAAUAAAUUAUAUUGCAAAGUUGAAUUAUAAUUAUAGCUAUUAUUUGUUUGGGGGAUGAGU